GUGGACUAGCAAACACACAUUGUGUUAGUGAACCACGUAAAUCGCGUGUCGUGUGUGCACUUUCAUUUUCUUGCAUUGUAGAAUCCUCCAAUUUCCUGAACCGCACAGAAACAGUCCGUGAAAUAAACAUACAUCCUCACCAAGCCAUAUGUAAAAUAGUUAAGUCUCAAGGUUUCAAGGUAGUACGAUAUUCCCCCCAACAAAAUGAACUAGCCCUUGUGCUCUCAGUUUCGCCCUGGCGGGUGAAUACCAUACCAAGAUGGUGAGUGAGCGUCCAAGAAAAAAACCACGCAGAGCAAAAUUGGCAACAAUUUAACAGGUUAAUGGUCAUUGAAUUACGUAUUUUGCAAUUGAUAAUCAAUUAAUUGCAUGCAUAAAUUUUACUACCCGGUACAUCUAACCAUGCUGAAACAUGAUCCAACGACUACGAACCACGUGAGAAUAAUCAUAUGGUCAGAUUGGCCAGCAGCAGUACGCCGUAGCUAGUUGUACGUUGGGCUCCUUUUUAUCUGCAGAAUGGCUGAGCCUGGACAGGAAAAUCAGGAUAAGCAAAUCGAUAUAGGGAAAGAAUCCGAAGGCCGUCCUCAGUCCAAAGACACCAAACAACCAAAGAAUAUAUCAUCAUCAGAAGAAGAGCACACACUACGAAAAACACAGAAACCCAAACUGCUACUGUCCUAUAUACUUAUCCACCACAGUAGGCAACAGAAUAAUACUAUAAUGAAGCUGCUGGGUGGUGCCGCAAGUUUGCAGCACAAGGCGACAUUUUGGCUUCUGCGAGCUGGUCCAGUAGUCAUAUAUAGGCACGGUGUUUAAGGAGGCAUGGGCUUGCUUAUGAUUGAUCGUAAAAAAGUUUACGGAGGGAAAUGAAAUGGUCUCUCUGAAUUGCAUCGAGUUGUCAUUCUCUCCAUUUUUGGCUGCAGGUUUUGGUCCUCGGACGCACACACCGAGCUAGCUAGCUAGCGGACAUGAAAACAAGCUAGCGCUACCCGAUUAAUUUGCCUGGAAUUCGCUUCCCACAGACCUAUUACCGAUACUAAGUAGCAAUCAAAAAUUUGUAUUCAUCAAAAAUUUGUAUUCAUUUUUCAUGAUAUUAUGCAUGAAUCAGAUAUAUCAUGGCGAAUUCUUCAGAAAAAUUGCGUCUUCCACAAUGGAAUAUGAUAAGUGAGAUUUUGAGCAAGUGUUUACAUAUAUAAUCUUCUUCUGUUCGAAAAAAUGAAUAUUCAUCCAAAUAAUAAGCCAUCGUUAAUAUCGACACAUCUGAGAUCACCAUAACUUGGCAAUGAACAACCUUCACAAGUACCUAAUAUGAGAUCAAUUAGUCAUUGACGUUGCGCAAUUAUGAAUUCUUUUUAAAAUAAAGAAAAUAAUGAUUAGGAAAAUCAAUCUUUCCACUACAAAAUUGGGGCAUAGUUGAAAUUUUUUUUCUUUCUCUUCUGAUGUCGCUUAAUUAAUUAUUAAUCAAUUUUAAUUUCUUUGUGUCAGAAAUAUUUGUUUUUACGCAUUGUAUUGACACUAUUAUUUUCUUUGUCUCUAUCCAAAUUUUAGAUGUCCUAUAUUGGUUAGUCCAACAUUCACAAGAACCAGCUUUCAGUUUUGUAUUUAUUGUACAUAUAUUUCGUUUACGUGUUACGCUUGCGGUUUGUAUUUGUUGAGGCCACUUGAGGGGCUCGAUAUAUCUAUACACUCUGCCAUGGCUAAUUAAAACGUCAUAUUGGCCGUAAAAAAGAGACCAUUCACGAAACCACAUUAUUUGACGUUAUAUGCUUCAUACUAUGAAAAAGACUGUAUAUGUGAGGUUUGAAAAUUGGAACACUAUGCUUUAUAGCGUGGAGCUAGCACCUUCUGCCUUCUCGACAGUUCCCGUCGAGAACAGAAUGUUAAUAAAGCUAGCUUCCUACCACAUUGAUUAAAGUUCACGACAGCAAUCAUCUUAAAGCCAUCCUUUUUAUGGACACAUCUAAGGUGAAAUGAUGACAACUUGUAAGGUCCCACUCAAACUAUGACGACGUACUCGUCUACUAAGUUUGAUGAAACCCCACAUAUAAAAUUUAACCCGGUGAUCGAGAGGUUAUAGGUUCGAUCCUCACUCCUGUCAAGGUGAUCGAAGGCACCCCGUAUUUGCACGGACUACGACUACGGUAUGACUCGCACGAAACUACACCACGAAUUUAUCUUGACUAGAGCCCAAGUUUUUAAACUCUAUCCGGGUGCAGUAUAGGACAAGUAUUUAAAAUGUCGAUCAGGGUCGGUCUAUGUAACCCUACUUCAAUCGCUUAGUUUGUUAUCUAACAAACGUUUUUUGGUUUAAAACUAAGAAAACUACAAAAUGAACAGACAAGGAAAGUAAACCGAGGAGAAUUCUACUUGAGAGGACUUCACCUGGGUAAUGCUUCCCCUAGACUCGUGCUAAGAAACAAUGAAGGAAAUCCUAGUGUGAAGGGUAUGUUAUACACCGUGAGGUGGGUGCAACAAGCUAGGAGCAAACCGUCCUAGGUCGACCAAUCAAGGAUUAAUACAAUAAUCUGGGGAACCUAGCUCUCUUAACCUCUCGGCUAAGGAUUGCAAUAAUAAGCUAGGCAAUCU